AUGUCUGGUUGUUUGUUUCUCCCUGGUGUCUGUGGGAUCGGUAGAUGUUGGGCAGAUAUAAAAACAUGGGUUGUUUCAUGGAGCAACAACAAUAGUAAAUCUACCUUGACUAGUUUUGAAGAUCGGUAUGAAUUGGGUAUAGAAUUAGGGUCAGGAAACUAUAGUGUUAUUCAUGAGUGUUUCGAUAAAAGGAGCAACGAGACUUGGGCAUGUAAAUCCAUCGCAAAGAAGAGACUGGUAACACAAGAUGAUAUCCUAAAUGUGAAGCUGGAAGUUGAUAUAACGAAAAGAUUAUCAGCGCAUCCAAAUAUUGUGAAUCUUAAGGAAGUUUAUGGGGAUGAGAAUUAUGUCCGUUUAGUAAUGGAACUAUGUCCAGGAGGGGACCUUUACGAUCAUAUGCAGAAAUACAAGUCCAAGAGGUUAUCAGAGUUCAGUGCUAGGCGUCUUUUUCAGCAACUAUUGCUUGUUGUUAUGUAUUGUCAUGAAAAUGGUGUUAUUCACAGAGAUUUGAAGCCUGAAAAUAUUCUUCUGGCGACAGAGGGUUCAUACUUGCCCAUUAAAUUGGCUGAUUUUGGUUUCGCAACUUACAUUCAACCCGGAGAGAAGCUUUACGGAGUAUUCGGGACUCGAUAUUAUAUAGCUCCUGAGGUACUGACAGGAAAGGUGUACGACCAAACGGCAGAUAUUUGGAGUGCUGGUGUUAUUCUUUAUAUUCUUCUUAUUGGGCAAGUACCAUUUUGGGGAGCGACAGAAGCAACGACCCUUGAUGCUGUUAUGGCGGCGAAACUGAGUUUUCCUUCUGAUGCACGGGAUCAAAUAUCUGCAUCUGCCAAACAUUUGAUUACUAAAAUUCUAAACCCUGAUCCUAGAAAGCGGCUAACUGCACCUCAAAUUCUUGAUCAUUCAUGGAUGAAAUAG